GGCGGCGGCUGUCCUUCCUCGCGGAGGCGCUGGAGGAAACGUUUUGGGGCGCCCGUGCAGCUGAUCCAGCGGGACUUUCCGGAGGCGAGGCGAGUGCCUCUCCUCGUUCUCUGCCCGGAGCAGCCCAGAGGCUCCUGCCGAUCGGCUCCGAAACGGUUAAGAGCAGCGGCGACAGAGCUGAGAUUCCUAGAGCGGAGGGGAAACGGCUGUCGGGACAAUACGAGCUUACGCUUCCUGUCCGACUUCCCUGUCAGUGAUGGCGGCGGCUUUCCUUCCUCCCGGAGGCGCUGGAGGAGAUAUUGAAUGGAUGCUGGCAGAAGGAGAACAAUCAGAAGUGUCACCUAAAGGAUCCAAAGAGGAGGAGGAGCAAAGGAAGCUGAGGGUUCAAGAUGGAGGCAGCAGGCAAGAGGGGAGACAAAAGCAAAAGCUGGAGGGUAAAUCCGGAGAUGUUGAAGAGAUGCUGGCAGAAGGAGAACAAUCAGAAGUGUCACCAAAAGGAUCCAAAGAGGAGGAGGAGCAAAGGAGGCUGAGGGUUCAAGAUGGAGGCAGCAGGCAAGAGGGGAGACGAAAGCAAAAGCCGGAGGGUAAAUCCGGUACGUCUCAGGGUGGAGAACAUCAAAUUCACAAAGAGGAGAAAAAGCAUGAAUGCACUGUGUGUGGAAAGAGAUUUGGUCGUCGCUCAACUCUUACUUUACAUCAGAGAGUGCACACAGGGGAGAAACCGUAUACAUGUUCUGAGUGUGGAAAGAGCUUCACUCAGAACAGUGGGCUUACUAAACAUCAAAGAAUUCAUACAGGAGAGAAACAUUAUAAAUGUUUUGAAUGUCAAAAGAGCUUCAGUGACGGUAGUUCCCUUAGCUCGCAUCAAAGAACUCAUACAGGAGAGAAACCGUAUACAUGUUCAGAGUGUGGAAGGAGCUUCAGUCACAGUAACUCCCUUACGUUGCAUCAAAGAAUUCAUACAGGGGAGAAACCGUAUGCGUGUUCAGAGUGUGGAAGGAGCUUCAGAAAGAGUGGUGGCCUUAAGUCACAUCAACGAAUUCAUACAGGGGAGAAACCGCAUACGUGUUUGGAGUGUGGAAAGAGCUUCGCUCGCUACAAUAGGCUUACUAAACAUCAAAGAACUCAUACAGGAGAGAAACGUUAUAAAUGUUGUGAAUGUCAAAAGAGCUUCAGUGACAGUCAUGCCCUUACCUUGCAUCUACGAACUCAUACAGGGGAGAAACCGUAUACAUGUUCUGAGUGUGGAAAGAGCUUUACUCAAAACAGUGGGCUUACUAACCAUCAAAGAACUCAUACAGGAGAGAAACAUUAUGAAUGUUGUGAAUGUCAAAAGAUCUUCCGUGAGAAUCGUGCCCUUACCUUGCAUCUACGAACUCAUACAGGGGAGAAACCGUAUACAUGUUCUGAGUGUGGAAAGAGCUUUGCUAGCAACAAUGGGCUUAAUAAACAUCGAAGAACUCAUACAGGAGAGAAACGUUAUAAAUGUUUUGAAUGUCAAAAGAGCUUCAAUCAUGGUAGUGUCCUUAGCUUGCAUCUACGAACUCAUACAGGGGAGAAACCGUAUACAUGUUCUGAGUGUGGAAAGAGCUUUACUCACAACUGUGGGCUUACUCACCAUCAAAGAACUCAUACAGGAGAGAAACGUUAUAAAUGUUUUGAAUGUCAAAAGAGUUUCAGUGACAGUAGUGCCCUUAGUUUGCAUCUACGAACUCAUACAGGGGAGAAACCGUAUACAUGUUCAGAGUGUGGAAGGAGCUUCAGUCACAGUGGUACCCUUACUAUCCACCGAAGAACUCAUACAGGGGAGAAACCGUAUACAUGUUCAGACUGUGGAAUGAGCUUCAGUCACAGUAGCGCCCUUAAGUCACACAAACGGAUUCAUACAGGGGAGAAACCGCAUACAUGUUCGGAGUGUGGAAAGAGCUUCCCUCGUAGCAAUGCACUUACUAGACAUCAAGAAACUCAUCAAGGCAGCAAACCUUAUAAAUGCUGGGAAUGUGGCAACAGCUUCAGUCGCAUUGACUCCCUUUCCCGGCAUCAAAGAAUUCAUAUAGGGGAGAAACGAUAUACAUGUUUGGAGUGUGGAAAGAGCUUCAGCCAGAGUUGCACUCUUACCUUGCAUCAAAGAGUGCACACAGGAGAGAAACCUUAUAAAUGUUUGGAGUGUGGAAAGAGCUUCUGUCGUCGUAGCCAACUCACGUUGCAUCAAAGAACUCAUACAGGAGAGAAACCGUAUACAUGUUCGGAUUGUGGAAAAAACUUCAGGUGCAGUAGCUCCCUUACCUCGCAUCAAAGAACUCAUACAGGGGACAAACCGUAUACAUGUUCAGAGUGUGGAAGGAGCUUCAGCAAGAGGAGUCACCUUACUAGACACCAAAUAAUUCAUAAAGGGAGGAAAUCUUAGAAAUGUUUGGCGUAUGGAAAUAACUUCUGUGAGAAGGGCUCCCUUACUAAACUGAAAAGAACUCGUACAAGGGAAACAUCUUAGAAAGGGUUGGAGUGUGGGAAGAUCUUUAAUCAUAUCUAACUCCUACAGAGAGUAAGCCAAUGAUUGUGUUCAGAAUUAGAAUUUGCUUCCAUUAGAAUUCCAUUAGAAUUUUUAUUCCUUUUAGUAGCUGCGUUGCAGAUUGUUCUCCUGAUCAGAGUUCGAUUUACAUAGCUAUACAGUGGUACCUCUACUUACGAAUUUAAUGCAUUCCGAAUGCACAUUCGUAAGUCGAAAAAAUGUGUAAGUCAAAUCCCAUAGGAAUGCAUUAAAAUGCAAUAAUCUAUUAAACCUUAAAAGCUUCCCUAAACAGGGCUGCCUUCAGAUGUCUUCUAAAAGUCUGGUAGUUGUUUUUCUCUUUGACAUCUGGUGAGAGGGUGUUCCACAGAGCGGGUGCCACUACCGAGAAGGCCCUCUGCCUGGUUCCCUGUAACUUGGCUUCUCGCAGUGAGUGAACCGCCAGAAGGCCCUCUGCACUGGACCUCAGUGUCUGGGCAGAACGGUGGGGGUGGAGAUGCUCCAGGUAUACUGGGCCGAGGCCGUUUAGGGCUUUAAAGGUCAACACCAACACUUUGAAUUUACUUGGAAACAUACUGGGAGCCAAUGUAAGUGUUUCAAGACUGGUGUUACAUGGUCUUGGCGGCCACUCCCAGUCACCAGUCUAGCUGCCGCAUUCUGGAUUAGUUGUAGUUUUGAGGUCACCUUCAAAGGUAGCCCCACGUAGAGCACAUUGCAGUAGUCCAAGCAGGAGAUAACUAGAGCAUGCACCACUCUGGCAAGACAGUCUGCGGGCAGGUAGGGUCUCAGCCUGCAUACUAGAUGGAGCUGAUAAACAGCUGCCCUGGACACAGAAUUGACCUACGUCUCCAUGGUCAGCUGCGAGUCCAAAAUGACUCCCAGGCUGCGUACCGGGUCCUUCAGGGGCACAGUUACCCCAUUCAGGACCAGGGAGUCCUUCACACCUGCCCAUCCGCCAUCCCCAAUAUUUGUUAAUCUGGUGAGAAUUGAUGUUAUAUUUUUCAAAUACAUUUGCUGGUAUUCUCUUGAUGUAUGUAAAGUAGAUCUUUGCAAUGAGAGCCCUCAGAUCACAGCGCUAAUGAAUAAAUGCUGUUGAAAAACAUAUACUGUAUAAUAAACCUCAAUACGCAGUCAAAAGAGUACUGAGAACAGUAUAGAAGAUACAUUGAUUUUCCAGCCUGUGUCUAGAGUGUUAAUAGGUCACUGUUUCAGGAUGUGUGUUUCUUCACCUUCAUCUGCCUAGGAGGGCUUUCAAUUUUAUGUCUCCGAAAUAUCCAGGCAGUGGCUGGUUCCUGAUGGGAUGUAUUUGUGCUGUGUGUUCUCCCCCAAAAUAAUUUUUAUUCGUUUUUCAGAUACAUAAUCAUAAAAACAAAACAGAAACUCAAACAAGAGAAAAAAGAAAACAUAUAAAAAGAAAAGCAUCCCGAAUCUUAUAUUGUUUACUUCCUCAAUUCCCCCUCACUGGGUCCAUUUUAAAAUUCUAAUUAAGCAGUUUUCAUCUUGCAUCUUAAAUUAAUCUACCACAUUUCAUCAUGCACACUCAAAUAUUCUAUUCUAAAAAUAUCUCUUUUUCACCAAUAAUUAAUCAAUUUAUCCAAAUUUUUAAAAAACACCCUUUCUUCUAUCUUCUAUUUCUCCCCUUAACCUCAAAAUUUUACCAAGAAUUUUCCAUGACUUUAAAUACACAAUUUGUAAAAUUACUCUGUCAUGGAAUAAGCAAUAUGCUGUAUCUAGGUGAAACCCUGGUUCAUUGCAGUGCAUACUGGGAAGGUCUGCAAAGGAGCCUGGGAAUGGGUUAAGAGAAAACCUGAGUUUCUGAGAAGCUGUCCUUUUGCCCUGAGGGCGGAAUUCCUCUCCUGUCAGCCCCCCUCCCUUUUGAUUUACAUGCUAAUUGGAGAUCUGCUUUAGCUGGGGAAGGAUGUCUGUUUUGAGAAGUAUCUGAAGUGUUUUGAGAGGUAUCUGAAGAAGUGUGCAUGCACACGAAAGC